AUGGAACAGCACCGCGCACACCACGGCAUCAGCGACCGAUUACAACAAGCCGACCCUCACGGUCGCCUCUUCAGUCGCCUCCGGCAGCCCGUCGAUCGCCACCGCGACCGGUGCCGCAAGCGCCCAAGAGAUCAACCUCGCAGUGGCCGCCCUCGCAGGUGCCGCCGCCAUGGUCUGGGGUUCAUUAUGACCGAGACACAAGCUCUGAUUGGCUAUCAGCUAAAGCAACCCGUCGACAUGCUCAGCGUCCGGUCGACGUUUUCAAAUUCGUUUCUUUCGUUUUUGUCCUUCAUUUUUUUUGACUGUGUCAAUAAAGUCUCUUUGCUUGAGUCGAGCACCAGUCUGCUCCUCGCCUUGGUGCCUACCUUUAUGAAGUUUCAUCGACAAAUGUUAUACACCCAUUCUCGUUUCAAUUCUUGGACGGCGCCCGAACGAGACACUUUGGGUGGACGGGGUGUCCAGGAGGUCGCAGCCGACCUUUUUUUUGGUUUCACUGGAGGGGAAAGGAAAAGUGUGUCGGAGAGGGGUUGUGAGAGAUGUUUAUUUGUUGUAUCGCCUGGGACGCGAUGGCUGAUGAAGAAGAGAAGGAGGACUCACCACCACACCCCCACAAGUGUUGGGUAUGUCUGUGUUUGUGUGUGUUCUCGAGGGGGCAUGAUGCAAUUGGCGUUGCACAAGUUCCAGGGUGGAAACAACAGGAGAAGUUUCAUCCUUAUCGUAUGA